ACAUUUCCAGUGGAAUUUAGAGAUAUGCUUUCAGCUGUUCCUUUAUCAUUCAAGCUAUUGGAAAUUAACGAAUCUCGGUUAGGUUAAAAUAAAUUGAUAUGCCUGAAUUCACAGUGAAAUUAAUACUCAGCGAUAUUGAGGGUACCACGACAUCCAUUAGUUUUGUAAAGGAUGUGCUCUUCCCCUAUGCUAAAACACACUCCAAGGCAUUUCUAGAGGAAUCUUGGAAUAAUGCCGAAACACAAAGUAUUGUUCAGGACUUACGCAAAUUACCACAAUAUAAAGAUUAUUUGGGACCAGUUGAUGAACAACCUACCGCUUCGCCCGGGAAUGUAGCCAGUUUUCUUAAUUUUCUCAUAGAAAAAGAUCUUAAAGUAGGGCCAUUGAAAACUCUUCAGGGAUUGGUUUGGGCCAAAGGUUAUGCUAACGGUAACAUUAAAGGACACAUAUAUGCUGACGUGCUGCCAGCAUUUAAGCGAUGGCAUGAGGCUGGCCUUCGCCUCGCUAUCUAUUCCAGUGGUAGUGUAAAGGCACAACAGCUACUUUUUGGUCAAUCAGAGAUGGGAAAUUUACUUCCCUAUAUUAGCAGUCAUUAUGACACAGCCGUUGGUCAUAAGCAACAAAAAGAGUCGUAUAUGAAUAUAGCUAAAGAUUUGGAUUUACCAGCUGAAGACAUACUGUUCCUAACUGACGUCGUAAAAGAGGCUGAAGCAGCUCGCGAUGCUGGAAUGCAAGUUGCUUUACUAAAUCGUCCAGGCAACGCGCCUUUAACGGACGACGAUAAAACUGCAUUUACGUUUGUUGAUAAUUUUAAUAAUUUAAAGAUAAAAUUGAAAGAAUAAUAAUUGAGGCUACAUAAAUAAAAAGUACCUUAG